UCUCGCUUGCGUUUUAUGGCCUGCGCACCAUUCGUCAGACAAGCAAGAAAGUCGAAGAGAACUUCGAACUUCACAUACCUACUCAAAAUGCAGAAAUAUUUGGUAGUAUUUGCUGCUGCUCUGGCGCUUGUUGCUGCCGAAUCUGUAUUAGUAGAAGAUGAAGAAGGAAGACAGUUCUACCUCACUCCUGUAUCAAGCCGCCAGAGAAGACAAGUCGAUGGUCCCAAACUUUUCGGUGAGGGCGGUGGAAACGGAAAAUCCCGAGGUGGAUUCGUGAAAUUGGAAAAUCCUAAUGGUUCCGGAGGUAGUCUGGGUUACGGACACACCAACGGCUUUGGACACGUAGUCAGCGCCGAUGCCAUGGUGCCAGUUUGGUCCAAUAAGAACAGGUAUGGGGAGUCGACCUUCAACGUCGGAGGAGGUGCCACUCAAAAAUUCGGCGGAUAUGGAGGCAAUAUGAAUUUGGACAAGAGGGUCGGAGUCAGUUUUAACCAUAGGUGGUAGAUCUAUCUGAGAAUUACUUUUUAAUUAAAUAUGUAAAUUAUUUAUUUAAUGUUAAUUAAAUACAAAGUACUAUAGUAGCAUAA